CCACACAUUGCAAUUGUAUUCACUUCUUUCUUCUCUCCAACCCAAAAAAAAUCUCUGUUUUCAUUCCGAAUUUUCGAUGCUACAAAGCCCCACACUCGCCUCAACAUCGGCGGUUCCUCUCCAGCAAUUCCGCAGCCGCAAUAUGUCCGUCCGAGCCGAGGCGGCGCAGCUGGCCGUGCCGGACCGGCGGAGCCUCUACGAGGUCCUCCGCGUCAAGCGGAACGCGUCGCAGGUGGAGAUCAAGACGGCGUACCGCACGCUGGCCAAGCUGCACCACCCCGACGCCAGAGCGCGAUUCAUGGAUUCCUCGAUCGCAACGUCCGCGGACGGCGGAGACUUCAUCGAGAUCCACAACGCCUACGCCACGCUCUCGGAUCCGAACGCCAGGGCGGAGUACGAUCUCAAUUUGACAGUCGAUUCACGCGGGCGGUGGAAUCCCGGCGGCGCAGGCGGUUACGGGAGCCCUGGCAGGGGGAGAUUUUACCAGACGCGUCGCUGGGAGACGGACCAGUGCUGGUGAUGCCGCCGCACUCUGUUAAUAUCGAUUCAGGAAAUUAACAAGUCGUAUGUAUAUGCUUAUCCUUAUGCGAUCCUUUUGAUUUUUCCGAUUUUUAGAAGGGGAAAUUAUUAGAAUACGGUUUUUCUUUGGGUUUUUUUUGGAAUUCUUAAUGUAAUUCCCCGGUGUAGAAAAGUAUAAUAUUAAUGAAGACAGAUUAUUGAGAA